UUUUCUUGGCCUCCCCCCACCAGCAACCCACCGCACCAAACACCGCCUCCUCCCCGCCGCUCUCCCGCCAUGAAGCAGCUCCACAAGUCCCCCACCCACGCGCCGUCGCCGGCGCACGCGCCGGCGUCCAAGAUCUCCAAGCCCGCGCGCCCCGGGCCGCGCACCUGGGUCGGCUACCUCCUCCGCGAGCAGCGCCUCCUCUUCGUCCUCCUCGGCGCGCUCAUCGCCACCUCCUUCUUCCUCCUCCGCCCCUACCUCUUCUCCCUGUCGGCCUCCAACGCCGCCGACCGCAGCCCCAUCUUCUCCUUCGUCGCCCACUCGUCCGACCCCCGCGGCGUCCCCGCGGGUUUCCGCCCGCCGCCCCGCCGCGUCGUCGUCACCGGCGGGGCGGGCUUCGUGGGCAGCCACCUCGUCGACAGGCUGCUGGAGCAGGGGGACAGCGUGAUCGUGGUGGACAACUUCUUCACCGGGAGGAAGGAGAACGUCGCGCACCACCUGCGGAACCCCAGGUUCGAGCUGCUCCGACACGACGUCGUCGAGCCCAUCCUUCUCGAGGUCGACCGGAUCUACCACCUCGCGUGCCCCGCAUCGCCCGUGCACUACAAAUACAACCCCAUCAAGACGAUCAAGACAAAUGUCAUGGGAACCUUGAAUAUGUUGGGUCUGGCAAAGCGAAUUGGUGCAAGGUUCUUGUUGACCAGCACAAGUGAAGUUUAUGGUGACCCACUUGAGCAUCCGCAGAAGGAGACUUAUUGGGGGCAUGUUAAUCCUAUAGGUGUUAGAAGUUGCUAUGAUGAGGGCAAAAGAACAGCAGAGACCUUGACUAUGGACUACCAUCGUGGUGGUGGUGUUGCGGUACGAAUUGCUCGUAUCUUCAAUACAUAUGGCCCUCGUAUGUGCCUGGAUGAUGGUCGUGUGGUUAGCAAUUUUGUUGCACAGGCACUGCGCAAACAUCCAAUGACAGUAUAUGGUGAUGGAAAACAAACUCGAAGUUUUCAGUAUGUUUCUGAUCUGGUUGCUGGAUUGAUGGCUCUGAUGGAGAGUGAUCAUAUUGGCCCUUUCAAUCUAGGAAACCCUGGAGAGUUCACCAUGUUGGAACUUGCAGAGGUUGUGAAGGAAACAAUCGACCCAAUGUCAACAAUUGAAUUCAAGCCCAACACAGCUGAUGAUCCCCAUAUGAGAAAGCCCGAUAUUACCAAGGCGAAGCAAAUGCUAGGUUGGGAGCCAAAGGUAUCUCUUAAGGAAGGCCUUCCCUUGAUGGUGACAGAUUUCCGCAAAAGGAUCUUGGAUGAGUAAUCAAGGCAACAGUGAGAUAAAUCUAUUUGGUUCUGAAUGCCGCGAAUAUAGGAAACGUGCUUCACCAACUGGAUCCAUUCAGUACAAUUCUGUGUUUGUAUAACGUCCUUGUAGAAUCAUUUAAAUUUGUUUCCGUCUUGGUGAGAUUGGACAGAAGUAGCAAACUGUUUUUUGUCCACAUGUGAAACUAUAGAAGUUGAGUGAAGGAUAGGUGAAGGGGCUAUAUUUCUGGAGCUAUUGGGUUCAGUUUUGGACUUCCAGUUAACUCCUAACUGUAAAAUGAAUACUUGAUACAAGUGAAAUGUAAUGGGAUGAGAUUUGCAUA